UCUCAGCAUGUGUGCAUGUUAGAGUGUGAUCUGAAUGUCCCUUUGUUGAUUCGUCCUUCAGAGAGCACGCGGCAGAGGGCCUACAGUCUGGUGGCUCAGGCCUACACCUCCUUGGCGGCAGACGACUUCGCUGCCUUCGUGGGAUACUCUGUGGAAGAGGCAGUAAAGGGGGUGGUGAGUCAGGGCUGGCAGGCCGACCCUGCUACCAGGAUGGUGAUGCCCAAAAAGCCCGGUAGGUGGCAGUAUUGCUCUCUUCAACUGUUCACAUCUGUUCUGUUGCCUAAACUGUCUUCUCUUCAGGAUUAAUGCCGAGCCCACCUUCUCCUAUAUAUAAUCAGACACACUGACACUGUUGGAGCAGGGAUUAAAGAACGAUCAAUUAUAUUUUAUUUUCCUGGAAUCUCUUGAAAUAUGUGAUUUGCUAAAUCUGCUC